CUUUCUUGGCUUGUCCAGAAAUAACCCGGGUGUGAAGGUUGGGGGUGUGUGGGGGUGGGCAACACCCCCCUUUUCGAAAAUUGGUGGGGGAUUUUCGAAAAGCACACGAAAUUGUGAAACCCGCUCGACCUGAUAUCAUAUGCUUGUUCGGUUUUGACUGUUACCCAGGAACUUAGACGCUCCGCCACUGCUACUACAGAUAAUUGCAAGUAGUUCAAAAGUUUUAAUUCAAUUUCAGAUAGUGUAAACUAUAAUAUUGUAAACUACAAUAUUUACUAGUGUUAGAAGAUAGACUAAUAGUGUUAACACAUAUAAAAUAAUCGUGUUGGUUUCGCACCCAUCUCAGGCAACCAGUGCCCAUCUAGAGUCUGCAUACGCCAAGCCCACACGUCCGCCUGCCCAUCAGAAGCAAGCCGCCCAGUUGGAUUGUAUGCUAGGCAGUCUACAGGCCGAUAUGAGUCGACAGGGAGUAAACACAACACAGAAGGGAUGCUGCAGCGCUUGUGACAAGCCCAUAGUGGGUCAGGUGAUCACGGCGCUGGGCAAAACGUGGCAUCCAGAGCACUUCACGUGCACCCACUGUGCCCAGGAGUUGGGCACUCGCAAUUUCUUCGAGCGAGACGGCAACCCCUACUGCGAGCCCGACUAUCACAAUCUCUUCUCGCCCCGAUGUGCUUACUGUAAUGGACCCAUUCUCGAUAAAUGUGUGACCGCCCUGGAGAAGACCUGGCACACGGAACACUUUUUCUGCGCACAGUGUGGCAAACAGUUUGGUGAGGAGGGCUUUCACGAGAAGGACGGCAAGCCGUUCUGUCGCGACGACUACUUCGACAUGUUCGCGCCGAAAUGCGGCGGAUGUUCGCGACCAAUCACCGAGAACUAUGUGUCGGCACUCAGCUCACAAUGGCAUGCUGACUGUUUUGUUUGUCGGGAUUGCCGACAACCUUUCCAGGGUGGCUCGUUUUUUGAUCACGAAGGUCUGCCCUACUGUGAGACACACUAUCAUGCCAAGAGGGGUUCGCUGUGUGCUGGAUGCCAUAAACCUAUUACAGGUCGCUGCAUUACAGCCAUGUUCCGUAAAUUCCAUCCAGAGCACUUUGUCUGCGCAUUCUGUCUCAAACAGCUGAACAAGGGAACGUUCAAGGAACAGAACGACAAGCCCUACUGCCAUCUUUGCUUUGAGAAGCUUUUCGGAUAACUCACACACCGAACAACAACUAUUACAAGCAAUUGUAAAGAUUGUUCAGGGAGCAGAACUACAAGCCCUACUGUCAUCUUUGCUUCGUGAAGCUUUUCGAAUAACUUCAAUACCGAACAACAACCAUUACAAGCAAUUGUAAAGAUUGUUGAAGGAGCAGAACUACAAACCCUACCGUCAUCUUUGCUUUGAGAUGCUUUUCGGAUAACUUCAACACGAACAACAACCAUUACAAGCAAUUGUAAAGAUUGUUCAAGGAGCAGAACUACAGGCCCUACUGUCAUCUUUGCUUCGUGAAGCUUUUCGGAUAACUUCAAUACCGAACAACAACCAUUACAAGCAAUUGUAAAGAUUGUUCAAGGAGCAGAACUACUAUAGUGAGGUCCACGUUAUAAUGACAGUAAUUGAUCAACUUUGGUUUUGCUAUCCUUAUCUAUCAUUCGACAAAGCCGGUGGUACUAUCCUUUUCUAGGUCCACAACGAUGUUGAUUAUGUUUUUGACAGUGUAGAAAUAUAAUUAAUUAAUGCAGAGAAUCGGUAUCGCUAUUCUUCUAUCUUUAUCCACUGCCAUUAUAACGUGGACCUCACUAUAGCCCUACUGAUAUCUUUGCUUUGAGAAGCUUUUCGGAUAACUUCAACACCGAACAACAACCAUUACAAGCAAUUGUAAAGAUUGUUGAAGGAGCAGAACUACAAGCCCUACUGCCAUCUUUGCUUCGAGAAGCUUUUCGGAUAACUUCAACACCGAACAACAUCUAUUACAAGCAAUUGUAAAGAUUGUUCAAGGAGCAGAAUGAUGUAUUUUUACAGUGGUUAAAUUUAACUGGAUUUUCGUGCCGCUGCUUCUUACUGUACAAACUUCAGGGUCUUCUCACCCUGCACAUGUAAAUUAGGUAUAGAUGUUAUAUUUGUGUUAAUAUCAGACUAAUAUUUGUGACAGCUCAAUUUAAUUCUAACUUGAAUUCUGCAAUCGAAAAUACAAUUGAAGGGCACAAUGGAAAAACGAACAAUAUUCUCAGCCUAGAAGCAGAAGGAUUGGAGGAGAAAAAGAAGAAGAAGAAAAAUAAAAAAGUAUUUUGUGACUUUGAUCGUUUUUCCCCUGUGCCAUUCAAUUAUUGAAUUAAACCUUUAACGGUAAAAUGAAAACUAAAUCCAUUGAAUAAUCUAUCUGAUUAGAUCGGUAUAAUUUUGAUCCAGGAAAUUGUAAUUUGGUUGUAGAGAUAAAUGUGUAGCCUAUACUACUUUCUAAUAGGAAUAUUUUAUUGUUGUAAAACAUAGUUAUUCGAUUAUUACUGUGUCAAUAUUUUAUUUCUGUCAAUUAGAGGUUUUAAGGAUUUCAUUCAAGUCAUUCAUGCACUUGAUUUACAACUUUCAAUUGGACUUAUUAAAUCUUAGAAGAUUCCUUCACACAUCCAUUUCAUUGAUUGAAAAGUAAAAAAGAGAAAUUUUGCAAAAAGUACAAAAAUUGUUAUUAAACAUCAAUAGAAUUCAUAACAAUCAAUUAGAUUAAUAGAUUAGAUGUUUUUGGAAUCUAGGAGACUGUUCUAUUGCAAUAUUGGAUAAAUUAUGGUAUUUCAUAAAUUUUUUAAAAUGUAUUCCAAAUAGGCAUUUCUGGCAAUAAUAUUAUCAUUAUUACAUUUAAAAGUGUAUAAGCUCAACGCCCAAUUAAAACAUAAUUGAACAUAAUCGUUUAGGUUAUGUGGACAAAUUGAAAUCCACCCAAUCUGAAAUUCUCUCCCUGUCGUGGUCGACGACGGCAUUUACGCACAAACGAAAACCCAACUUUAGAAACAAACUAACACAUUCAUUUCCUUGCCCUGUCUUGUAUUGAUUAUGUAUACGGCAAUAAAGACUAGGUAGGCCUACGGCUCAACUCACACUUAUGCGACUCAGGUCGAGAGCAUGUGUUUCCAAAUGGUGACACUCAGACCAGUUGAUUCUAGUCUCCGCGACGUCACCAUUUGAAAGCACAUGCUCUCGACUAGAGUCGAGUCUCUUCUCGACCUGAGUCGCGUAAGUGUGAGUUGAGCCUACCUCUUUAUUAAUCUUAAUUGCAUUACUAUUAUUGUAAUAAGAGCAUUAUUUGCGUUCUUUUUCAUCUUACUCUUCCACCAAUAAUACCUCAUUUAUGUCCAUUUGAUUUCUUAGCUUUUAAAUAAAAUAAUAUUUGUACAUUAAUUAAAAGUUGCAGCUUUUAAACUAAGUUGUAGAAAUAUAAUUAAGUAUUAACUGUGCCAACAUUCGUAGUAAGCUCUUGAAAAAUUAAUUUCUUGUAAUUAUUGUAUUAUCAAGUAAUAUUGACAAUACUUUCUUGUAUUGAUGUUUAUUUGUAACAACAAAGUUCACUAAAACGUAAUACGGUAAUAUACUGUUUGUGUAAUAUAUUGAAAGCUUCCAAUCUUGUUGUAUUAUGUGCUUUAUAUUUCAACUGUUUUAGUUUUAAGUUUUUUUUUUAAUUUGUAAUUAUCAAAAUAACUUUGCGAUUUGUGUGUAUCGGUUGUAAUUAAUAUAAUUUUAUGAACAUCAUCAAAUACUGUUAUGGUUAAUGACGCAAUAUCUUGUUUUAACAAAAUCGUAUUACUUUAAUCUCAAUAACGUGAAUGAUUGUUAAUAUUCAAGAGUGUAUUUGGGAAAUCUGAGUUAUUAUUUCAUGUAAUAUAGAGGCCUACAAUUGUUCUUCAAUUAAAUAUAUUCUAAUUGAGUAGAGCGUUUUAUAAUAAUCUCAAUCAUCAAGAGAGUGAAUUUCUCUAGGUGACCUUCCAAAAGAAAAUAUUUCAAAUCUUUUCCUGGGUGGGUUUCUAGAUGUGUUAUUAACCUUUUUAUUAGGGGUGAUGUAAUACAGCGAGAUAAUUUAUAUAAUAAUAUUAAUGUAAUAAUAUGCACAGGCAUCACAUAAUACAUAGUUUAUAAUAUGUGGUUUUUCAUUGUAAGUUAAUGUAGCCUAUUGUAAUGGAGAUUCAAAUUUGAUUUCUCAGACUAGUUUUUGUGAGAAAUAUCAAUAUCAAAGCUCAGUUUGUAUUUUCAAUAUAUUGACGAUUUCAAUAGACAAGAAUCAGUCGAGAUGUUCCCGUAAUACUGUAUCAGAAUUUAAUCUUUACUUAUUUCGAGAGAAUUCUGAAUGAAAGUAAAUCGUUACAGUGAUUUACAUUAAUGUAUGCUAGUUGUUUUCGAAAGCAUGUCUCGAUCAUUGUAUGUUUUCAAUGCGAACUAUAUAGGUACCUUACAUGUUCGUUUCUAGCUUCAGAAUUGAUGAAAAUAUUGAUUGAAAAAGACUAAGAAAUUAUUGUCAAAAACCACAGAUUUAUUGAUACUUAGAAAGACCGGUUUCGGUUAUUACACCAUUGUCAAUCUCUGAUAAAAUUGUAUUCAUUUGUUACAAACCAUAUAACUUGUUAUAAAAAUAAAAUAAUUUAUUAGAAAAAAUA